AUGUUCUCACUUAUUCUUGCUCUUUCCCUUUUCCAAGGUAAGCUUGAAGUAGACAUUUUCUGAAAUUUGAAUGCUCCAAUGCUCUGAAGAAGAGAAAAAAGAUUGCAUGUUACAUGUAUCGUCUAUUUUUAGGAACUCUUUCCUACGUCAUUGGCACUGGAGUUCAAGCUAAUCCAAGCGGUUGUAAUGUGUGUGGAGAAACUGCUGCACAAUGGAGUGGCUGGACUGAAUGGUCGUCGUGCUCUUCUGCUUUUGGAAGUGAGUUUCCCCUCUUCUUGUCUCUUCAAUCUCGAAGCAUAUCAAUUUUCAGCGCCUGUCGAAACUCGCACAAGGCUUUGCCCAUCUGGAAACUGUCAAGGAGGUUCUUCCACAGAAUCAAAGCCGUGCGUCCUGUAUGAUCCUCAGCCAACGCAGCCACAGUGGGGAGCUUGGGGAGGUUGGACCGCUUGCAGGUGAGCAAUAGUUAUCUGUUUGUUUUUUCGCAAAUCCUUAUUUACUUUUUGCCACUGAUAAGCGGUCAUUAUCCAAUUGCAGUGCCAGUUGCGGAGGUGGUACCAUGACAAGAAGCCGUGUUUGCAAUAACGGAUGCUCGACCUGCCAAUGCGUCGGAGCUGCGGCCGAGUCUCAGGCCUGUAAUGCCCAGCCGUGCUGCUCUUGGACCGGGGUACAACACAUUUUUAGUUUUCUCUUCUUUACUUUUUGUUUCAGUGGUCUUCGUGGUCAACUUGCUCGGUCACCUGUGGAACUGGAGGAUCAAUCACCAGAUCCAGACAAUGCAGCUGUGGAACUGGAGUAAGAAACUGGAAAUGUUGCCACCAGUUCAACAGUAUUUGUUUUCAGUGCAUCGGAGCAUCCAUCGAACAAGAGCCAUGCCCGCAACAAGCGGCUUGUCCCUGCAAUACCUGCUACCAACCACCGACCCCGUGCAAUACCUGUAACACCCAACCGGUUGUGAUUGUGACAACACCAGCACCAUGCACAACAUGCAACCAGCCACCAGCCUGCUCGACUUGCGGUCACGCUCAACCUUUCUACGAUCCGUACGGAAACGGCAGAAAAAAGCGAAUGAUUGCGGCGGCUGGAAACUCGACGAACAAUGUUUGA